AUGCCGCUCUGUCUCACCUUCAUCGACUUGAAGAAUGCAUUCGACUCAGUUGAGACGGAAGCGGUCAUGGAAGCCCUAGACAACCAAGGCGUCCCUACUCAGUACAUAAAGCUGAAUCUGCAAAAGACGAUAUUCAUGCGCAACGGAUGGGUCUCGGAUGCCCCAUUCAAGCUCAUCGGAACAAACAUGUCCGAGUGCACCAGCUGCGUUUAUCUGGGUCGAGAAUUAAACAUAAUGAACGACCUGACCUCCAAGCAGGGCAGGAAGAGACGAGCGGCUUGGAGAGCGUUUAAGAGCAUCAAGGAUGUAGUGAAGAAGACCAGGAAGCCGGCUCCAUGCUCACCUCUUCAACACCACCGUACUUCCUGCUUUGACCUACGCUCCGGAAACUUGGGCAUUUCGCAAGCAGGAAGAAAACGCGGAAGACUGCCGACCCGAUGGUCAGAUUUCUUCACGAAGUCCUUCAAAGAAGAUUACGAAGCUCUUCGUGUCCCACUCGAAAGGAGGAAGGCGACUCUAGCACGCGAUCGGGACAAAUGGAAGAAUUACUUGCGUCCGCUCGACCCGUUCGAAGAUCAACGGCAGUCAGCGUGA